AUGCCUGCGAACCGUGUUCCUGUGCGACGUUCGAGCCGUCAAACAUCUCGUGCUCCGUCGCAACCUCCAAGCGGCGCUACACCCGCUGCCGGUUCUUCUUCCCGGGCCACCCUUCACCCUGUCGCCGAAGAAUCCGGCCCAGCACGCAAGAAGCAAGCUGUUGGGCGCGUCGCACCCCGACCACGCGCACAGCCGAAAGCCCCUGCGCCACCACGAACGACCUCGCACGAAGUAAUCGAGAUCUCCUCAGACGAUGAGGACCAUCGCCCGAGGAAGCAGACCAAGCGGGUUACUCCGGAGUCAUCGGCGCGGGUGCGAGAGUUGGAGCAGCUUGUGAAUGCCUUCGAAGAACACGUUAUCUGCGACAUUUGCACCUGCAAAAUGUGGAAUCCGUUCAUUGUUUCGUGUGGACAUACCUUCUGCCGGGAGUGUCUUCAAGACUGGUUCUCGACCAGUCUGGCCAAGCACCUGGUCAACCACCCGGAAUACGACGCGGCCUCCCUCGCCCCCAACAAUUACCUCGCCGCGCUUGCUCAGCCCGAUUUACAUGCACAAACUCGGGCCACAUUGCAGCGCCAUCUCAUCGACAUCCACACCCGCACUGCCCAUCCGGAGUAUUCGUGCCCAAAAUGCCGAAUCAUCGUCCGCUCUCCCCCAGCGGAGAACUUCGUUGUCAAGCAUAUAGUACGAUCCCUGGCCGCCAUGCAAGGCGAGGAGAAUCCGAAGCCAGACCAGAUCGCGAGGUAUCCCCACAGUGCCCAAGACGGGCCCUUUGAUGGGUUUUUCUCGAAGUUCCGAUGUGGAUGA